AUGUCAGGGGCGCGCACAUCCAGCGGCUCGAGGCCGCCCGUCGUCCCAGCCACUCCAGUCGGUCGGUCGAAUCGCAGAAGAAAUCACCUCAACCUUAGUGCAAGGGCUUUCGACAAAAUGUCCAAACGCCUGCUGUCGGUUGAAAAGUCAGCCAUGGCAUCGUGGGGCGCCUCGGAUCCCAACGAGCCAUUGGCAGCUGCAUCGCAUCGCAUCGACGGUAUCGCCGAGCUAGGAGAAGGGGGACACCGGACUACUGCUUCCUACGUCAUCGCCGAAGCAGACGACAACAUUGCCAGCGGACCUGAGGUCAAAACAAGCACAGAAUAUCACCUUCGUCGCUUUGGCAAAGCACCCGUCUCCAGAGGUCUCACCCAAGGAGCAGGCAAAGGCCCCGAUGGCGCUGCUCUCGCUGCCGCUGCCGCCAAAUCCCUGAAAGGUAAGGGCGUAGCGCCCGUCGAUUCAUUCCUCAACGAAGGUAGCUUUGUCUUCAACCCGCUCAACCGAAGAGUACCGCAACAGACGCCGCGCAAGGCAAAGACACGCACCGUCUCGUCCGCCAACAAUGCUGCAUCGUCCCGUACCACAUCAGGACCAACGUUCCCUACAGCGACCUCGGCUGCGCCGGGAGGUGGGCGGCUGCCCUCGCAACGACACCAGCCUCAGAAGGAACAGCCUGGAUCGUCUGAUCGGCCACCUGUACCGCCCCCGGGUCGCCCUGAACCGGAACAGCCUGGAUCGUCUGAUCAGCCACCUGUACCGCCCCCGGGUCGCCCUGAACCGGAACCAUCGCCAGACAAUGACGACCAAGCUUUCGUCCCGCUCACCCUGGUCGACCGAGAUUUGCAAGAGGCGCUCCUCCUCGAAGAUCUGCUCUACGUGCUCCUUGGCAUCGAAGGCCAGUACAUCACCUACGCGCCGACAUACGAUCCGGAAGAUGUGGCACAUCGUCUGCGUGGAGCUCACUUUACCAUCGACCCUGCCCUCGAUGCACCUUUGCGCGACCUCGUCGACCGCAUCCUCCCGCUCGCCACCGACUACACGGCCAUCUACGCGUUCAUCGAGACCGAUUCUGGCCUCGAAUAUGGCACCGUCAACCACGCGCUCUGCGCCGCCAUUCGCGACCUACUUCAUGACUAUGAGCUGCUCGUUGUGCAGCUCGAGCACCAGAUGGCUUCGUCGACCUCGUUCAGCCUGCAGAAGCUCUUUGUAUGGAUCCAAGAGACGGCGCGAACGCUUGCCAUGGUCCGUGCCCUUACCGACGAGAUUGUCGGCAUCACGCACGCGGAUCUCUUCGAUGACGAAGACGACGAUGACUCGUCGGAUGGUGAUGGCGGAUCCGACUUCAGCGGCACGUCGGCUUUGGAGCGAGAACGUCGCGCACUACUUGGUCUCGAUGACCCAGACGAUGAGGGCGUUGAGGGCGGGAUCGCCAAAGGCGGUGAGGUGCUUUCGAUGCUCUGGGACCGCAUCACACGCAUGAGCGGCGACCCAAAGGCACGAACCUUGUUCACCACUCUCUUCCAGCGCGCUUCGCAGCCCUACGCGCAGACACUCGUCAAGUGGAUCACCACCGGCGACCUUUCCGACACGUACGAAGAGUUUAUGGUUAUGGAGGAUGCCAAAGUCACCCGUGCUGCUCUCGAGUCGGAUCCCACCGACGAAUACUGGGAGACGCGCUACACGUUGCGCGACGAGACCACCAUCGCCAAGCGUGAACGCCAACGUCAGCUAGGACUGGAUCUGGAUGCCGAGUUGGAAGACGAGGAGGAGAAUCCAAGAGGUAUUCUCACGGGCGGUGCUAAGAUCCCUUCAUUCCUCGAGCCGUGGAAGCACAAGAUCCUGUUGGCGGGCAAGUAUCUCAAUGUCAUUCGCGAGUGCGGGCUCGAAGUGCCCUCGGAUCCCGACGAGGCGGCUGAAGGUGCCAACGGCGCCAACCACAAGGCAGGCAAAGCAGCGGUGGCGUCUGUGGUGGUGAUGAACGACGAAUCCUUCUUCCGUCGCAUCGAGGGAGCCUAUCAGCGCGCCAACUCGGCGCUGCUCAAGCUCCUGCUCGGCGAUCAGCACAUUCUCGAGCGUCUACGAUCGCUCAGGCAUUUUUUCUUCUUCUCCGAGUCGGAUUUCCUCUCGUCGUUCCUCGAGCAGUCGGGACACGAGUUGAUCAAGAAGGUCUCGCCGACCAAGACGAGGGAGACGGUGCAGCAGCGCUUGCAAACGCAUCUUGGCGCCGUGCUGGGAUCGAGCAGCACCGUUGGUUUCGAAGAUCCGUAUCGCGAGGAUGUGCGCAUCGUGCUCGCGUCCGAAGGUGCCUAUGAUCAGCUCAAACGUAUCGCUGAGACCAAGGGCGGCAUCGAGGCGACCAGGCUUGCACAGGCCAAUGCAGCGGCUGCGGCGGCAGCUGGAACUUCGAGCAAGGAUUUCGUGCCGGCGGUCACGUUGCUUCAGUUUGAUGUGGCGGUCAAGUUCCCCGUAUCGCUGGUGAUCAGCCGCAAAAACAUUUUGCGGUACCAGUUUGUCAGCCGAGGGCUGUUCCAUCUCAAGACGCUCGAACGUUCGCUCUCGGAGCUGUGGCUGGAUCAUUCUUCAAACGCGCUGUGGAAGCAACGCACACAUCCAGCGCUCGAAAAGUGGAAGCAGAAGCUGUUCAUGCUGCGUUCGCGCAUGACGUUUUUCGUACAGCAGUUGCUAGCGUUCCAGAUGAUGGAAGUGGUGGAGCCCAACUACCUCGACCUCGAACGCAAGCUGCGCAACGUUAAGACGGUCGAUCAGCUGAUGAAAGACCACUUCGCUUUCCUCAACACAACGAGGAAGGAGCUCAUGUUUACGGAUCUGCGCUACCUGGAGUUACACUCGCAGCUGACGAUGGUGAUCACCGUGUUUGUGGAGAACAGGACACGGUUCCAGGAUCAGGUGCUACUCGAGACCGAGAGGUGGAAGCAGGCGGGGGGCAAGAAGAGCCUGGCUCCUGAGCCAGCGUUGCAGGAGUCAACGAACGAGUUCUUGGGCAAGGUGCAGAGACAUUGGGAGAAGCAUGCAAAGACGUACAAGGAUGUGGUGAAUUUGUUGAGCACGACAGAUAAUCCCGCUGCUCUGCCGUUGGCGUACCGUAUCCACAGCUCCAAUCUGUAA